GGUCACAUGCAAUGGCACUGUCCCAUUGAUCACCAUGAGGGAUAUCAAUUUCAGAAUUCUUGACAUGAAAAAUAUUAGUAGUACAACAAGUCCGACUGUAAAAGUUGCUAGGGACGAUUACUGGGAAACUAUCUGUCCCUCGACAUAUGUUGCCACAAACCUCAACUUAUCUCUCUUCAGUUACUCUUCUGAUUCCCUGAACGUGUCUUUUUGGUACAAUUGCAAUACAAGCAUAUCAGCGUUGGGUAAUUCGCUUGCCUGCAACAAUACCGUCACUGUUUCCUAUCUCACAGCAGCAAAAGCUAAUGUUAUCACGAUUGAUCCAGUAAGUUCGGGCGCUUGUAAAGCUGCGGUUUUGGUUCCGGUAUCUCAAUCCAGUUCUGUGGCUCUGGACAGCGAAAAAAUAGAUAUUGAGGCUGCCAUAGAUGGUGGUUUUGAAUUGGAUGUGCUAAAUGCUGAUCCUGCCCUUUGCAGCAGUUGUUUGGCAUCAGGGGGAGCUUGUGGGGCAAACAGUACUGGUGCUAACGAAUUCAUGUGCUUUUGCCAGACUACUUCAUCUUCGACACAAAUAUGUACUCUUUCAACGGUUCCAACUCCAGCAGGCAAAAAGGGACUUUCUGUUAAUUCCUUGAAGCGGACCCUUGUAAUUGCAAUAGUCUCUGCAGCAGUUGGAUUUCUUACAAUAACUUUUGGUUAUUUCUUAUGGAAGAAAAAAUUUGGGAGGAUAUCAAGAGUGAGUGGGAAUACAAGUAAGGUGACUGCAGGUGGUGGGAAGAAUGAUACAGAACUACCACUCUUCAGUUUGAGGAGUAUAUUAGCUGCUACAAACAACUUCUCUGAAGGAAAUAAACUUGGAGAGGGAGGAUUUGGCCCUGUUUAUAAGGGAAUUUUGCCAGAAAAUCAAGAAGCAGUGGCCAUAAAGAGACUAUCAAAGAAGUCUGGGCAAGGACAUCAUGAGUUCAUGAAUGAGUUGAAACUUAUAGCCAAACUCCAACAUACCAAUCUUGCUCGUCUCUUAGGUUGCUGUAUGGAAGAAGAUGAACUCAUAUUGAUCUACGAGUACAUGCCAAAUCGAAGUUUGGACAAAUUGUUGUUUGAUCCUUGUGAAAAGACAAAGUUGGAUUGGGGUACACGCUUUCGAAUUAUACAAGUGUCAGACUUUGGAAUGGCGAGGAUUUUUGAUAUAAAUCAAAUUGAAGCAAACACCAACAAGGUUGUUGGGACAUACGGCUACAUGUCACCUGAAUAUGCAUUAUAUGGUCAUUUUUCUGAGAAAUUGGAUGUGUUUAGUUUUGGAGUACUAUUGUUAGAGAUUGUAAGCGGAAAGAAGAAUGCUUUGUUUUAUUAUUGCGAAAAUUCACAAACGCUAGCUCAAUGGAUAUGGCAAUUAUGGAAAGUAGGUAGAGAAAUGGAGGUAAUUGACGCAUCAGUAAGGGAAACUUCCCGGAUUCAUGAAGCUUUGAGGUGCAUCCAUGUCGGGCUUUUGUGUGUUCAAGAAGCUCCAGCUGAUCGACCAACAAUGUCAUCGGUAAUUCAUAUGCUAGAGGUCGAUGAAGCUACAUCACUUCCACUGUCAAAAGAACCUGCUUUUUCAACAAGUAGGAUUUCAAGUCCUGUUACCACAUAUUCCAAAAAUGUAGUCACUAUUACUUUGCCAGAACCUCGAUAGAGCUUCAAUAUUAAUGUUAGCUUUCAAAUUGGGAUCAUUUACAACAAAAAGGAAAAAGAAAAGAAAAAAAGAAGGGUAAACUACAAAAAAAUACCCGAACUUUAAAA